GUGAAAGUGAUUGAGACCUUCAGUGAAGCUCCUCCUACAACAAUCCACCAAUAAAUGCUGGAGUCAAACACACAGAGAAAUCACUCCAUGUGUGACAACUGAAAUCUUCAUGACAUAAUGUUGAUGCUGGUGAAAGAGGAGCUUGAGGAGCUUGAGAAGAUGACAGAUCCACAACCAUGCAGAAUAAAGAAUGAAGAUACUGAGGAACAAAUAGAUAUGAUGGGAAUAAACACGGAUCAUCUACUUGAACUGAAUGAAGUGGAUGAGAAACAUCAGAUUGAAAAAAUAAACCAUAAUGUUUCAAAGAAAGAAAGUCUGAAGACAGAAGACAUAAAGUGUGAAAAUAGUUUCAGUGAAGAUGAACGCCCUGCAGAUCACAAGAGGACUCACAGUGAAGAGAAACCUUUUACAUGUCAACAGUGUGGAAAGAGUUUCAGAACAAAAGUUAACCUUAAAGAACACAUGAGGACUCACAGUGAGAAGAAACGACACGUGUGCCAUCAAUGUGAAAAGAGUUUUCCAACUGCAGUUAACCUUACGAUACACAUGAGGUCUCACACUGGAGAGAAACCUUACACUUGUGAUCAGUGUGAAAAGAGUUUCUCUAUUGAAAGUAACCUUAAGAUACAUGAAAGAAUUCACACUGGAGAGAAACCGUUCACAUGCCAUGGGUGUAAAAAGAGUUUCAGAUAUAAGAGUAGCCUUAUAACACACAUGAAAAUUCACAAAGGAGAGAAACCUCACGUGUGUUUUCAGUGUGGAAAGAGUUUCAUAGAUAAACGUGGACUUGAGACUCACAUGAGAAUUCACACUGGGGAGAAACCUUUCAUAUGUUUUCAGUGUGAAAAGAGUUUCACAAGUAAAGGUGUUCUUCAGAGACACAUGACAAUUCACACUGGAGAGAAACCGUUCACAUGCCAUCAGUGUGGAAAGAGUUUCUCUAUUGAAAGUAGCCUUAAGAUACAUGCAAGAAUUCACACUGGAGAGAAACCAUUUGUGUGCCAAGAGUGUGGAAAGAGUUUCACCUUUCAAUCGGUCCUUAUCCGGCACAUGAAAGUUCAUAGUGGGGAAAAGCCACACGAAUGCCAUCAUUGUGACAAGAGUUCAACUCAACUUGAGAUGCACAUGAGGUCUGAGAAACCUUACACUCGAGAGAAACCUUACGCAUGUCUUCAGUGCGAAAAGAGUUUUACAAGUGAAGACACUCUUAAGAGACCCAUGAUAACUCACACCGGAGAGAAACCGUUCAUUUGUCAUCAGUGUGGAAAGGGUUUUACAAUGAAACGUAACCUUAAUGAACAUCUAAGAAUUCACACCGGAGAGAAACCAUACGUGUGCCAUCAGUGUGGAAAGAGUUUUGCAAAAAAAUGUUACCUUAAUGUACACCUAACGAUUCACACUGGAAAGAGACCAUACGUGUGUCAACAUUGUGGAAAGAGUUUCAGGACAAAACCAAACCUUAAUGUACAUUUGAUCACUCACACUAAAGAGAAACCGUUCACAUGCCAUGAGUGUAAAAAGAGUUUCAGAUGUAAGAGUAGCCUUAUAACACACAUGAAAAUUCACAAAGGAGAGAAACCUCACGUGUGUCUUCAGUGUGAAAAGAGUUUCAUAGAUAAACGUGGACUUGAGACUCACAUGAGAAUUCACACUGGAGAGAAACCUUUCAUAUGUUUUCAGUGUGAAAGGAGUUUCACAAGUAAAGGUGUUCUUCAGAGACACAUGACAAUUCACACUGGAGAGAAACCGUUCACAUGCCAUCAGUGUGGAAAGAGUUUCUCUAUUGAAAGUAGCCUUAAGAUACAUGCAAGAAUUCACACUGGAGAGAAACCAUUUGUGUGCCAAGAGUGUGGAAAGAGUUUCACCUUUCAAUCGGUCCUUAUCCGGCACAUGAAAGCUCACAGUGGGUAAAAGCCAUACGCAUGCCAUAAUUGUGCAGGCAUGAAAAUCCCUCACCUUUCGGCGAAACUCGCCGUUUUGAAUCCAAAAAAGGUGACCCACGUGACGUGAAUCAUGUAGAUUCGAUGAGAAAACAUUUUUUGGGGGGGAGGGGGGGUAUGCGCGCGUUGUUUGAAGACGCGCCCUUCGCCGUCAUCCAAACAUGUAUCACAGACAUUAGAUUUGUUUGAGUUCAUGCUGCGCUGCAAAAACCGACAGGCAGGCAGGUGACAUCAAAGUAUCACGAGAGUAAAUCGAAAAGCCAUUAGAAAGUCUGCUUUCGAACGGCUCUCGCGCUACUGUGAUGUCAUCCGCAUUUCUGUGUUCUACGUCAUACAAGCGUGUUGAAGCUGUGUAGAGCGACUGCCUUCGGCACGUAAAGUCAACACAAAACGCUGUAAAACUAUCAUUGUAGAAUUCUAAUGCGUCAAUCAAUUAAAACAACACAUCUACACAGACUGACACUGCAAAGUGACCUAAAAGAUUUUUGUUGGAAUGGAUUGGAACGAAUUAUGGACGUACUCCUCGCUUGUAAGACACAUUGGUCUACUUGUCUAGACUACGGCUGUAAGUACUUAAAUGUAAAUAUGGUGAAACUGCUAAAUAUUGCAUGAAAUGCUGUAAUAAGAACAUACUGUUACUAAUACAGUUCAUAAGAAAGUUUACCGUUUACAGUUACAUUUAAGCGAUUUUAGACUAUUUGAGCGACAAAGAUGCUAAAGUUUUCAGUGCGCAUACGCGCACAAACUCAAAAAUCACGCAAACGCAUAUUUUUUUGGGCUUGACAGGAGAUAUACGCACAAACUUUAUUGUAAUACCACAGUCUCUGCAAGUAUUCUCAUAAAAACGGUCGUUUAUUAUAAGUGAGAAGUUGAUCAUGUGUCAGUGUAUAGAGCUUCUCCGUUGUUAAAGGGACAGUUCGUCUCAUAAGAAAUGCAUAUGUUUGAGUCAUAAUGUUAAUCAAACUACAAAAGACAAAAGGAAAAUCACUUUUAUAGCUUUAAAAAGAUUAAUUAUAUUUAAUUUAUAUGAAAACAGUGUUAUGUUAAUUUGAUACUGUUUUUCUACCUAAUCAAUACUGUUAGAUCUUACUUUAUUUGUAACUUUGUUCUUUUCUAUUUUAUAUGCUUGUAAUGUCUUGAUUUGUUCUUAUUUUAUUUUAUUUUGCUUAUCUGAAAAUUAUUCAACCCAUGACUCAAAAACCAUAAUGUCAUUCUUUUAACCAGUACUAUAUUGUAAAAUUAAGUCAUUUUAAAUUAGAUGUAGGCCUUCAGGUCCACCCUAUUGCAAAACCAACUUAAAAUUGUAUGGCCUUGUGACUGAUGGUCAGAUUAUGGCAAAAUAAAAUUAUUGCAGAUGUAAAAUGGUAAGGGAAUUCUACUUGUUACAGCUUUCCACAUUUAUCAACCCAUUUAAUUAAAUAUGGUUUCUGUUAUUAGUCAAAUGUUUACAUUUUAAAUCUAAAUUGUCCGUCAGAAUUAAAUAAUUGAAAUAAUGGUCAUGUAUGUUAUGGUGGGAAUUUUGUUUCUGCGCACGUGGAGGGAUGUUGAGUUCCUUCCUUCUUUUUUUGUCCUUGGCCAUUCACAUGCCUGAAGAAUAAAUAAGUUAAGUUACAGCAUGUUCCCUAAUGAGCCCAUAAUAUUUAUUCUGGGGGGGUCCUCCCACCUCACGGCCCCAUCAGAGGCCACAUCGCCCCUCGAGCGCCCUUCUCACCUUUUUCACCCCUGACCCGUUUUCAUGCCUGAUUGUGACAAGAGUUCAACUCAACUUGAGAUGCACAUGAGGUCUGAGAAACCUUUCACUGGAGAGAAACCUCACACAUGUCUUCAGUGCGAAAAGAGUUUUACAAGUGAAGACACUCUUAAGAGACACAUGAUAACUCACACCAGAGAGAAACCGUUCAUUUGUCAUCAGUGUGGAAAGGAUUUUACAAUGAAACGUAACCUUAAUGAACACCUAAGAAUUCACACUGGAAAGAGACCAUACGUGUGUCAACAUUGUGGAAAGAGUUUCAGGACAAAACCAAACCUUAAUGUACAUUUGAUCACUCACACUAAAGAGAAACCGUUCACAUGCCAUGAGUGUAAAAAGAGUUUCAAAUCAAAAGCUAACCUUAAAAAACACGCAAGAAUCCACACUCCAUAGAAACCAUUCAUGUGUCAACAGUGUGGAUAUGGCAACAAAGUUUAUAAAUCAGCUGAGAUCUUAUUAAUAAAACUGUCUGGAGGAUCCUUACUAAAAGUCUACAUGUGCACAAAACCCAAAAAAAGAUUCAGGCCGUUUCUCAAUAUGCUUUCUUGUCUGUACUUUUGUUCUUGUGGACUUGUGAAACGUCAUCAGUCGUGGCCCAAGUACUGUUCCAAUUCCAAGUUCACAUCAAGCCAAGUUCACAAAACAUCUCAGGAUGUUGAUCCGCUCAUUUUUCUGAAGGUGACUUAUUAAAGCCAAGUUUCUCAGAAUGCAUUUUGCGUCAACGGCAGUGGAGCUUAAGACCUGCAAAAUAUUAAAAAUAUUGCUCUUUCUGCCCUUCAGUGUCUGAUGGUCAAACAUGAAAUAUUCUUUUUGGAUAUAUCUAACUGGCAUUUUUUGUCCCCUCGGUUUAUUUCUCUUUCUUAUUCAUAUGAAGUCUGUUAUUUGUUGUUAUCGUUUUAACUGAUGUUAAAGUUAAGUUUCAUAACUUAAAUCACAUAUAUUUUCUUUAGAAUCUUAACUCUGAAUCACUGCCUUUGUACUUUAACUAGGUUUUUUUUCUUGUUUACUUUGUUUUAAAAACGUUUUGUACUUUAAAAACAUUGUUGUGUUUAAUAUCAUAUUUCAUUUUGUAAUUAAAGCUAAUCAGUUUAUGCAUGUGUUGCCUGAAACACAUAUUCACUCUCACAAAUCACCUGUAAAUGUGCAUACUGUAAGUGAAUCAGCCUCAUAUCCCACCCACACGCGCACAUUUUUAAUCAUAAAUUGUCAGUGCAGAUCACAACAUAAAAAGCUGACCGCAACUGGCAUCCAAAUAUUUGUUCGUAAGCUAUAUGCACCCGUCCAAUAAACACAAGCCAUUGGCGUAAUCCUCCAGCAUUAUAAUCAUGCAGCAAUAAACACUAGGGGUGUAACGAUACACCAAUGGCACGGUUUGGAUUGGUUUACAGUUUUGGAGCAGCAGUUGAGUUCCGUUUGCUGUGGGGUUAUGGUUCAUGUCGUGUCAAAGACUGUGAAUACAGGAAAUCUCGCAAAAUCUUGUGAGACUUCAGAAUAAGCAUGGCGGAUGAUAUGCAGGAAGAAAUUUCAAUGAUAGUGUUUGGAAUGAUUUUCACAGAAAAUUCAAGGGUAAAAAAGAAAAGGGUUUGGGUAAAGUCGUGGAGACGGCUGUUCACAUUAACUUCACUUUGUGCUGCUCCAUGACUGCUUCCGUCUUCCAUCAUCUCGCUUUCUGAUUGGAUAUUGUUUAAUUUCACGUGAUAAUUUCAAGAGCAUGCUCACGUUUGUCCUAGGGGUUCCCACACAUCAGGAUUUCUGAUCGUAAAUAUUAAAUAUACUUUUAUGUGACAUGACAUGUACUUGGAAAACAGUAACUUUGGAAUAUAAUAUUUAGAACAGCAUUUAAAAGGCUCUUAUUAGUCGUUACUAGUACAAUUUAGUCAAAUGUAUGCAAAGAAAAUUUUGCUUAAAUUAAUAGUUGGUCAGAGUGACAUUAACCUCAACAUUGGGCAGCAGGGGGAGUAAGGGAUUAAACUAGUCCUAGACUAAAAUAAAUGUAAGAGCUGUCCAAUAUAAAAACAACUUGCACUGACAUAUCUUAAAAUACAUCAGUGCCUUUUGUUUUGCCUAAAAAUGCACACACGUGAUGUUUUUAGUAAGGCAGGUUGGUUGACUAGAUAUAUUUUCCUAAUUAAACUAAAGUCUAGUGCUGGCUUAAGAUAGUCCUUGUCCGGGAAACCAUCCCUAUAUGUUUACUGCAGUUAGACUGACCAUUUAUUAACGCUAUGAUUUUGACAGCCCUGAUUUUUACACGUAAACCAAAAAUAACAAUUGCAAAAUUGAAGCAAUAUUUUCUUUCCAAUAAAAUUUUAAGACAUCUGGUUUAAAGAAACACCUGGGCUCAUCA